AGACUAGAAGUCGCUGUGCAUCCUUUCACUCUCGUCGGAGUUGCUGUGCCUGUGCAUUGGAGUUGUUGUGCAUUCUCGAUUUGUCGCCAACUCGCCAUUUCUGCCGGAGAAGACAUAAUCAGUGGACGACGCGGUGGUGGUGCUGAUUCUGAUUCUGGAGACACAGAUUACCAGUCUCUGAGGAUCCCAAGGUUCAGGUGCACACCAACUGUUCGAUCAUUGAACCUGUUGCUUUCAUUGCUCUGUAGGAGGCCCAAGUGGAUUGGGAUGGUGCCGAAUGUACUGCUGAAGAGCCAGCACAUGAGCGUUCGCUUCGAGGAAUCCACGUUUCGGGUUUUGAUUAAGGCACUGUGUGGGAUGAAGAUGGUGGGUUAUGCUGUUAAGAUGAUGAAAAUUAUGAUUCAUGAUGGGUUUAGUUUGGAUGCGGAGAUAUGUUCUUCGAUAAUAUCUUCAAUGUGCAAACAAAGCGAUUUGACUGGCACAGAUGCUUUGGUUGUUUGGGGUGAUAUGAAGAAACUAGGAUUUUCACCUGGUGUAAUGGAUUAUACAAAUUUGAUGAGGUUCUUGGUGAAGGAAGGGAAGGUUAUGGAUGCUUUUGAGAUUCUGAAUCAGAUGAAAAAAGAUGGAAUCAAGCCGGACAGUGUUUGUUACACCAUUGUUAUGAAUGGAACUGUAAAAGAAGGUGAUUAUGUGAAGCUAGAUGAACUCUUUGAAGAAAUGCUGGUACUGGGGAUAAUCCCUGAUGUUUAUACUUAUAAUGUGUAUAUAAAUGGUUUAUGUAAGCAGAAUAAUUUAGACGACGCACUUAAGAUUGUUGCUUCUAUGGAAGACUUAGGUUGCGAACCAAAUGUUGUUACUUACAAUACUUUAUUGGGUGCAUUAUUUAUGGCUGAUGAUUUAAGUAAGGUUAGAGGAUUAGUGAAAGAGAUGAGAUUGAAGGGUAUUGAGAUGAACUUGCAUACAUAUAGGAUCAUUCUUGAUGGUUUUGUUGGUAAAGAUGAGAUUCAAGAAGCUUGUGUUUUGCUUGAGGAAAUGUUGGAGAAGUGUUUUUAUCCAAGAUCUUCUGCAUUUGAUGAUAUCAUAGUUCAGAUGUGCCAAAAGGGUUUGAUUACUGAAGCACUUGAACUGGUGAAGAAAAUUGCUGCAAAAAAAUUUAUUCCUGGUGCUAGAGCUUGGGAAGCAUUGAUUAAUUCAACUUCUGAGCUUUCAUAUUCACAAGCAUCAUUUUCUGGCUUGUUGAGAACGCAAUAAUCUGUUAUAUGAUAAAAAUGUUCAAUGAUAUUUAUCAUAUAUAUUGACCUGAGAUUUCAAGUCCAUAAUCUAAUUAGGUUUGAUUUAA